AUGUCAAAUUCAGAAGAUGAACUCCAAGCAGAGAUAUUAAAGGAGCAAGGCUCUGUCAUCCAGACACACAGCAAAGUGUCGGCUCCAGGACGCAAAGUAAACCCACUUUUAUCAACUGAUGUAGAAGAGCACUCUGGAUUGCGGAUCAAAAGACGUAUCGUAUCAACAUCCAAGUGCAAAACUGGCCUUCAGAAUGUAGAAUUCGUCCCUAUUCAAAACGUAGAGCAUCGCACCAAGCAGUACUUUUCAAUUCAUGUUGGAGUCAAGCCCUCUAAGGAUUGGGGCACAAUUGGUGUUGUUGAUAAGUGCGUUGCUCUAUCAGAUUUCAGCGUUACUCGCAUAACAGACAUGCGAGGCUCAUUUUUAAACCUCUACAUCACCGGCAAAGCAUUCGCUCAGAAUCAAAAUCACAUUGGAAUGGGCUCCAUCAUUGCCAUUAAGAGGCCCUUUCUACUAAAGCCCACAGAAACACACCAUUCCAUUGGAUUACAUGUCGAUCAGUUGCAGCAAAUGUGGGUAAUAGGUCAGAGCAUGGAUCUAGCCCAGUGUAGUAGUUAUGUGAGAAAGGAUGUUCGAUGCACAGAAUGGACCGAUAUUCGAUCUGGUGAUUAUUGUGAUAAGCAUCUGGAACGAGUGUGUAAUUUUUCCAAAAACGGCCGAAUGGAGUUAGCAGGAGGGGAUAGUGGAUUUGAUAUUCGAUGGGCAACCCAAAAACGACAAUCCGAUGGAUCUAUACUGUAUGAAUCCAAGAGAGAAAGAAGAGUGGAUCCCAUGUUAAAACUGUUCUCCAGCACGUCCAAAUCCGGCAAGGACAGGGAAGCGUACUAUCUCAAAGGCAAGGGACUUGUCGCUGUGGAUGGUACCCUGAUCCAGAAGACAGCACCGCCUAAAAGGGAACCCACAGCAGCAGAAAAACAAGAAUUAACGGAAUUUUUAAAGGGUAGAAGAGAUCCCGGUGCUGAAAUGAUCCGAAAAAUCAAAGGCAUCAAGGAGGACUCACCGAGAACUGUGCUCUCUAAAGAGGCAUUGGAUAAGAUGGGCAUUGGCAUCAAAUCGCUAACAAAGGAAGAGGAACAAGCUAAGAAACGCUCAUUUGAGGCUCUUAGUAAAGCCAGUGACAAAGACGACGAUGGCAGCCAAAAGAAGCCUCGCUAUGUGUAUCUCUAA